AUGGCCGAAUUCGUUAGAGCACAAAUUUUCGGUACUACCUUUGAGAUCACCUCGAGGUACUCGGACUUGCAACCCGUUGGUAUGGGAGCCUUCGGUCUCGUUUGCUCCGCCCGUGACCAACUUACCAACCAGAAUGUCGCCGUCAAGAAGAUUAUGAAGCCCUUCAGCACUCCCGUUCUUGCCAAGCGAACAUACCGUGAGCUCAAGCUGCUCAAGCACUUGAGACAUGAGAACGUCAUCUCUCUCAGUGAUAUCUUCAUUUCUCCCCUUGAGGACAUCUACUUCGUCACAGAGCUUCUCGGCACCGACUUGCACAGAUUGCUCACCUCCAGACCCCUCGAGAAGCAGUUCAUCCAGUAUUUCCUUUACCAAAUCAUGCGAGGUCUGAAAUACGUCCACUCUGCUGGUGUGGUUCACCGUGAUUUGAAGCCUAGCAAUAUCCUCGUCAACGAGAACUGUGACCUGAAGAUUUGCGACUUCGGUCUCGCCCGCAUCCAGGACCCUCAGAUGACAGGUUACGUCUCGACGAGAUACUACCGUGCUCCUGAGAUCAUGCUCACGUGGCAAAAGUAUGACGUUGAGGUCGAUAUCUGGAGUGCGGGAUGCAUUUUCGCCGAGAUGCUGGAGGGCAAGCCUCUGUUCCCCGGCAAGGACCACGUCAACCAGUUCUCUAUCAUCACCGAGCUUCUGGGCACUCCUCCUGACGAUGUCAUCAACGGCAUUGCCAGUGAGAACACUCUUCGCUUCGUCAAGUCCCUGCCCAAGCGCGAAAGGCAACCCUUGAAGAACAAGUUCAAGAACGCCGACCCCUCCGCCAUUGAUCUCUUGGAGAGAAUGCUGGUCUUUGAUCCCAAGAAGCGGAUAACGGCGACUGAGGCGCUCUCGCACGACUACCUUGCUCCCUACCAUGACCCCUCUGACGAGCCCGUCUCCGAGGAGAAGUUUGACUGGAGUUUCAACGAUGCUGAUUUGCCCGUGGAUACAUGGAAGAUCAUGAUGUACUCCGAAAUACUCGACUACCACAACGUGGAUGCAUCCGCGCAACAGAUGGAAGAGCAGUUUAACGCACAAUAG